ACAUAUGUAAAAUUAUUAAAUUGUUAGUGCAAAAUAUUACUACUAUGCACAGUAACAGCUUUAAAAACUUAAAGCUUUGAUUUUUCUAAUAAUUGCGCAUUCAUCAAUCGUACGCCACUCACGGGGGAGCUUUACAUUUCAAAAUAUUAAUGAAUUGUUGCUUUGGUGGAGAAUUGUGUAAAUAAUUGAAAAUGUCAUUAUUUGGGCAAGAAUUUGAACAAAUUUGGCCAAUAGCCGGUGCAGCGAUUAAACUUACUGAAUUUGGUAAGAAUUUAUUAAAGAAGUGCGAAACUGUUACUAAGCCAGACACAAGUAAUAUUAAUAUUAAAGAAGUUAUAAAAAGGUCAUCCAAUUUCCCAGUUGAGUUCGGUACUAACACUUGUCGCAUCAUCAGUCAACCAAAGGAUCGUUAUCCAAUAAUUGAACAACAAAUUGCAUCGGCUUAUCCAGUAAUACAUGAACGCGUACUGAGUCUCUAUAUUGAUUUCUUGGAGCACAAGUGUAAAUACGGAAAUAAUCGUGAACGUGACCUCUAUACGAAACUAACACUCACAGAUUUCGUACAACGUCUUCUCACUAAACGAUGUGUCAGUUUUUAUGGUAAAAAUGACAAGUUUUUACUCCUAAGUCGUGAAAAAGGCUGUAGUGGUUUUAUGGAAGUUGGAACUGAUAAAGAAAAGCCACCACUAGUACUUUCAAAUGUACUCAGUUUUGACGAAAUUAAAUUAUCUGCGCUCCUAUCAGUUUCUUCACACUCUGAAUUUAUUAAUGAUGGUAAUCGUAAAAAUAUGGGAAUUAUAGAAAAGGAUAAAACUAAAAUAGAGCGUGAUGGUGUUGUUAUUGGAAUUAUUGGUGCGCGCUUAUCACGACGUGAUGUAAUGGAAUUUCAAGAUAUUAUCAUAUCCAAAACACAAAAUACUAAAGAAAAUGGUUAUGGUGAAGCAAUUGAAAAUAUUACUGACACACGUCCAGCAGAUUACCGACGUAUAUGGAAGGAAUUCUAUGAGGAACCGGAUUUUGUUUAUACUAAUAUUGUUAAAGAUGAUCGAAGAUUUGGGGAUUCAGUAAGUAAAGAUGACAUUUUCGAUAGCGUCUUAAUGAAGAAACGUUAUGCUAUUUCAUUUGAUACACUACUCUUGGAAAGUGAAAAUUUAUAA